UAUAUACAGAAUGCAUUAUUGAUUUUGUGCUGACAUUACAUUCACAAUGGCUCUGAUUGGAACUGCUGCACUUCUUGUUCUUGGUUUGAUGAUUAGUCCAGUCUACACACAGAAUCUCACUACUCAGUGUGGGGACAAUUAUUCAAGUGCCAUCUCUUCUACCAAUUUCAGUUUGACUGUUUCAUCUCAAAAUCUUACUGCUAACUCUAACUACACAGUGACAGUGAAUGGACUCAAUGAAACAAAAACAGUUAUCCUAAGGGCACAGUCAAAUAAUUCUAGAGUGGGUACCUGGCAAAAUGCUGGCAAUGUUGCUACCUGUGAUCUUGGAAUUGCUUUCAAUGCAACCAACACAACAAACACUGCAAACUGGACAGCUCCGAGCUCUGUGAGUUCUUCAGUUAUACUAAGCGUUUAUAUCAUAAAUGGAACUGGGACUAAUAACAAUGUAGCUAAUGUGACAAUAAACUAUGGUAAGUUAAUUAAAAAUACUGUGUGUUGCAUAAUAUGUUCUUGAAAUACAAAGACAUUGAUUUAUAAAGGAGGUAUAGAAAC